AACCACUCGUACCGUGCGUGAUACGGUAGGCGAAUACGAAUUUAAAAUAUGCCUGGAAAUAAUUCUCACAAAGUCGCCCUUGUAAUCGGUGCGUCCAGGGGCAUCGGACGUCAAGUCGCAAUUGAUCUUGCUCGCGCUGGUUACAUUGGUUUGGCACCCUUGCAUGUGCAGCUAUUAUAGCUAUCGCAGGGUGGAAGGUAUCCUCCAUUGGAGGGCUAUGCUAACGGCGCGAUAGUUGUCCUCGCCGCGAAGAGCACAACGGAUGGACCGAAGCCGUACACAUUCCCACCCGAUCCCAACUCUUCCCAGGCGAUUCUCCCUCUCCCCUAGCUCCCCUUUUCGUCAGCCAUUAACCAGCGGAGGUAGUCAACGAUAACCACCGUCGCCCGCGAAAUAUCCGAGUCGGGGGGCACCGCCCUUGCGAUCCCGGUUGACGUCCGCUUCGAAGCAAGCAUUAACUCCCUAAUCCAAGCUACCCUCUCCAAGUUCUCCAAGAUUGAUCUCAUAAUCUACAACUCUGGCGCCAUCUACUGGUCGGCCCUUGACACCACCCCCACAUCCCGCUUCCGGCUUUUGCAGCGGGUUAACCCCGAAGGGUUGUACAUCACUCUGCAGGCCAUCAUCCCGACCUUUAAAAAGCAAGGGGUCGGAAGAAUUGUGGUUGUUUGUCCCCCGAUAUAUUCGAGAUUUUUCCGUGGGAAGACGGCGUAUGCUGUUGGGAAGGUGGGGAUGAGUGUUAUGGUUAAGGGAUUGGCGAUGGAUUGGGAGAGGCAGGGAGAGAAGGGGCUGGGGAUUUGUGGGAUUUGGCCAGCGGUGGUAGGUCAUAUAUCUUUUCCACUGGAUUCGGAAACUGUGAGGUUUAUUUUUUAUAGGCCAUCCAGUCCGGUGCCACAGGGAGGAUAGACCCGAAGCAUCUCCGGAACGCCGUAAGCUACAUCCUCCCCCGUUUACACGCUAGGUAUGAUAUGAAUGACUUACCCAGUUGACAGAGCAUCUUCAGCGACGCUAUCAUAGCGAUGAUCAACGCUCCAGUGAAGACUAUCAACGGGCUUCUAGAUACAGAUGAGGACUUUCUUAGGAAGCAUGAGGGAGUCACAGACUUCUCGAAGUACUCUCUGGUCCCCGGGACCGUUCCCCGUAGAAUGAUGCCGGCGGGGUUCCCGGACUUGACUGUUGCCGAGCAGGAUGAUGAGGGGGACCGGAUCGAUAGUGCAAAGGAGAGGGCUGCAAAGCUUUAAUCAGGCCUGUAAUGAUUAGGUGUGAUUUCAUUCAUUCCUCACGGGUUCAAAGGGUUUCCAAUAGCACCCCCUCAAUGAAGGAUCAUGGAUUUUGGGGGGUUUCUAGUAAAAUUGGGCUGCAAAUAGCCUGCCUACCUUAGUCAAAUAAUGAGCGCUCUUCGUGGGCCGUUCCCAGUGAAUGCCUCUUUUCAUUGG